AUGGUUGUUCGCAAAAUAAAACACAAGAGACAGAUGAGUGAAGGCGGUUCAAGCACCGCUGGGGACGCUCUCCCUUCUGGUAGUGGCACGGAGUCAGCAUCAUCAGAAACAGAGAAUUUGAGUCUCAUACAACUGCAAGAGGUUUUCAAGCAGAAACAAAUGGAUUUGAUGGCACAUUUUGAACGCGCUCAACAAGCACUGAAUAUGCAACAUCUCCAGCAGUACUACCAGACCCUCCAGCAACACGCUCAACAACAAGCUGUGAACAGUAUCACUCAAGUUGGUCCAGAACGAAUGGAUGAAGGAGUGUGUGAUGCUGCUGACCGUUUUAGAGAAAUCAAAAUCGGUUGCUUUGGUGUCGACGGUGCAGGAAAGACUACUAUAUUGAAGAUGAUCAAAGGCGAAGAUCCGCGAAAUGUUUUACCGACCAAUGGUUUCUCAAUGAUCGACAUGGAUUUCGACAACGACUUCACUAUCAAAGUCUACGAUCUUGGCGGACACGAACGAAUACGAGAUAUCUGGCCGAAUUAUUUCGCCGAGGUACACGGUAUCAUGUACGUGGUCGACAUUUCCGACGAAGAACGCCUCGACGAAAAUUAUGAGAUGAUACAUAAGGUAGGUAAUUGCGGCAUUUGGGGAAAAAAUAAGAAAGGAAUGAAUAAACAAAUACUGAGGCAAAGAAUCCAAACUCUUUCUGCACAUUUAAGAGAAAUAGUGAAAUUGCUGGUCUACAACAAGCGUCAAAUCAAGCUCAGCCAGAUUCUAAGCCUGCGUCACCAGGCUCAGCUCAACCAUCUGCCACUGAUACACAAUCGCCAGCAUGCGCCAUACGCGAUCCGCUUGAUCCGCUUCAUUAUUGGUCAAUUCAGUGAACUGACCAGUAGUGAAGUGGAGAUCAAGGAUCAAGUGGACAACCGCUUCGCUAUUGGUCAACCGAAACCUCACCACGAAGAAACCCGAUUGGCGACAACACUUGUGUCAAACGUCGACGAUUCCGAUGUCGAGAGCAUUUGCGUGCGAAAAUGCCCAGAGGCGCCAAGAAAGAAGGUUCAAAUUCGACGGAAAAUCUGCAUUAAAAAAGCACAGCCAUUAAAAUCACGUUUGAAAAUGACCACCUCACUCAGAUUCAUGUGCUUUAUAUCGCAUGAUGGGGUUAUCUGGCAAAGUGCUUACGAAUUACAUAUUUUAUUCGAAUAUCCAACUGCUGAAAAUCAUAUUGCGCAACUACCCUAUUCUUUACCUCAGAUUUUUGCGAAUUGGUGUAAUUGGGAUGAGUGCCCUGCAUUAUCUGCUUUUAGAAUUCGAACGGUAAGUUAUGAACAACUUGAUUACUGCCAAACCACGUCGAUACUGAAAUGCCUGCAGCCGGGAGUUGAGCUGCCUAUGAUAUUGGGAAGUCAGACGAACCUUGUCGGUUCUGCGCCGCAACAACAUCCUCCUAUGAGUCCACAAGUAAAUGUGUCAUCGCCUCACUUUGAGCCGUAUCGUGUGCCGGCCUCUUUGCACACAGCUCAAACGGCCACCGCUCAACCAUCUUCUGAAUAUCAGCUACGUAAAGUUAAUAGCGAACCAAAUUUGAAGAUGCGAAUUCGGGCAAAGUUGCUCAGUAAAGGCUCCAGUCCUGUUCAAAACCAGAACAGCUUCAAUUUUACGCAUCCUCAGCUUAAGCGAAGUGACAGCGAAACAUCUGGGAACGGUAGUACUGCCGGAAAUCUUGCAAUGGAUACGCUUUUGACGAACGCUGCCAACGCAUUUCCUCCUCAUCUGAUCAUGCCGUCUCCGAGUUUGCCGAACCUUGCCGCACCCACACUGGCACAAACUCCACACUUACCCAUAGACUUAGCUUCGCUGAUGGCAGCUGCUCAACUUACUCCGUUCCUAAGCCUUCCGAGCCUGUUCAAGACGCACAUAGGCCUUGGAGCAGGUGUGCUUGAAGAGGAGGUCGCGGAUCGAACUAAGCUGACUCCAGGCAUUGCAACACUUGGAGCGCUUUCGCAGCAGUUGCCGGUCUUUGGCAACCCCUCGCUGCUCAAACAACAACUAAGGGAACUUGUGCUAAGGAGAAAAAGUCUUGUUCGUGAGGAGCCAGAAGAUGAUGAUUCGCUUUCUGCUCAACCAGUGCUUUCUCCCGGGCACCUGCCACCUUCCCACGGCCUGGGUGACGUAAUCGGUGGGAAGGCCACCGGUCUUGCCUACGACUCGAGUAUGGCACGACAUGAGUGUGUUUGCGGCGAGAGUAGUUCCCACGUUGAGCACGGAGGAAGAGUACAAAGCAUCUGGGCGCGGUUGUUGGAGCGCGGGCUUGUUCAAAAAUGUGAAAAAAUAGCGGCCAAAAAGGCUUCCCUCGAGCAGCUUCGUAUGGUCCAUUCUCCAACAUAUGUCACAUUCUUUGCUGUUUCGCCCACAGCCUGCCUUAAAAUGGAGGCAUCGCAGCUCCCUUUGAAGAGCUUUGUUCAGUUACCAUGUGGAGGAAUCGGCAUAGAUUCCGACACAUAUUUCAACGACGCGACAACUCAGACUGCUGCUCGCGUGGCCGCUGGUUCUCUUAUUGAAUUGGCUUCACAAGUGGCCGAAAACCGACUACGAAAUGGCUUUGCUUGUAUCCGUCCACCAGGUCAUCACUCCGAACGGGAUCAAGCUAUGGGAUUCUGCUUUUUUAACAAUGUCGCUAUCACUGCGCGUUAUCUCCAGCACAAGUAUCCACAGCAGUGCGCGCGAAUUGCAAUUAUUGAUUGGGACGUCCACCACGGGAAUGGAACGCAGCUGUGUUUUGAAGAAGAUCCUAAUGUUUUGUACUUGUCACUUCAUCGUCAUGACAACGGGAACUUCUUUCCUGGAACGGGUGCUGUCACCGAAAUUGGACGUGGAGCUGGCAAGGGUUUCUCAGUCAAUGUGCCUUUCUCUGGAGGCGUCAUGAGAGAUGCUGAUUAUCUGGCUGCUUGGAGGGUAAUCGUACAGCCUAUUCUAGAGCAGUUCCAGCCAACUUUCAUAUUAGUAUCAGCGGGAUUUGACGCAUGUUGCGGUCAUCCAAAUGCUCUUGGCGGGUAUAAAAUUUCGGCGGAAAUGUUUGGCUACAUGACACGUCAGCUCAUGGGUUUCGCUGGUGGUCGAGUUGUUUUGGCGCUGGAAGGUGGCUAUGAUCUUGCCAGUAUUUCCGACGCUGCUGAACAAUGCGUAAAGGUUCUUUGUGGAGAUGACGACAAAGCGGGAGUUUUAACAAAUGAAGCACUUGAAGGAUUGCCCUGUCUGAGUGCACAAGAAACUAUCCAAAAGGUGAUUGCAAUACAUAAGGGACACUGGCCAGCGCUAACGGCUGAACAAGGGUUAUCAAUAAGUGAACUGCAUUGGCAAACAGUUGGGAGACAGUUUCAGAAAUUGACGAUGAGCUCCGUUCAAUAACUUGAAUAUUGUUGCACCAAAGCACAAUCGCGUUAUUUGUGAUUUAAACAUUAGAUGAAUCAUAGUAUGUAUUCUAGCAAGAGUGUGUUUGUCAUUUAGACUCAACUAUCUUUGACUUAAUGCAGAUCUCGCUACCUCUGUGAACUAGUGACACUGAAAUGGAUCGUACGCAUCAGUUUGGGCUAUCGUCCUCCCCUCGACUGCAUCGAAACGCAGCUUCAGAUCUUCUCAUGCUUGUAGUUUCAGUCGCGCCAAAGAAUCAGUGGCGUGUUGGCUGCGUACACGCACCAGGACGCAUGCGAAUGAGUCCUUCGGUCUUUCUCUUUUCUAUUUUCUUUCCA